AUGAGUAGACAUCGGCGAUUCCAUGAGAAAGUAGUGCUGGGUGUUCUGAUUACACUGGGAUUGUUCUUCAUGUUCUGGGAUAAUGUCCGACGUCGAGAGACUGAUGUUGUUGCAGAAACUGUUCAUCGCAAUGACCUGCCCAAGGUUGUUACUGGUGAUGCAACUGAAUCAGUGCUCAAGCCAAAGUGCCACGCGACCACGACAUUGCUGCACCUGUCCUCAUUUCAUCAAGAGAAAGAGCACAUUAAAAACUUCUUGAUGUAUAAACACUGUCGAGAAUUUGACAUGAUUCAAAAUGUCCCAGACCAAUGUGGUGGUCGAGAAGGAUCUCAGAAUGUCUUCCUGCUCCUGGUGAUCAAAUCUCACCCUUUCAACCAUGAUCGGCGGGAAAUGAUAAGGAAGACCUGGGGCAGAGAACGCGAAUUCAAAGGGGUCCUAAUUAAGAGAGUCUUUAUUUCUGGUGUCUCUUCUGACCAAAAUGGAAGUAGGAAAUUGAAUCAGCUGUUAGCCAUGGAAAACAGAGAACACAGAGAUAUCCUACAAUGGGAUUUCUUGGAUACCUUUUUCAACCUUACCCUCAAACAAUACAAGUCGCUGCAGUGGGUCAGUGAAUUUUGCCCCAGUGCUAAAUUCAUCUUCAAUGGAGAUGAUGAUGUAUUUGCCAACACCGAUAACAUGGUUGAUUACUUGCUAGGCAUGAAGGUUCACCAACACCUGUUUGUGGGCCAUCUCGUUUAUGGGUUUGGCCCCAAACGUCAGAAGUCAAGGAAGUAUUAUGUGCCAGAAAUAGUGACCACCAUCAAGUCGUUCCCACCAUACGUUAGUGGAGCGGGCAUACUUAUGUCUGUGUAUACAGCUCAUAUCAUUUACCACAUAGCCCAAGACCUUGAACUAUUCCCCAUUGAUGAUGUAUUUUUGGGGAUGUGUCUGGCCAAGGUUGGACUCGCGCCACACUCCCAUAGCGGAUUCAGGACAGCUGGAGUCAGGGUUCCUUCAACCCUUGAUGAAUCGUUCAAUCCUUGCUAUUACCGUGAGUUGCUGCUAGUGCAUCAUUUUCGGCCUUUCGAACUGCUAUUGAUGUGGGAUGCGGUGCAUGAUGCUAAUCUGAAAUGUGUUCGUGCUCCCCAGAAGUCUGAAUCCACGGAAAGGGCCACAUGAGUCAUGGGAGAAUGUAGCAACUGUUGGAAUGUAAUGCAGUUUGUGCACAUGUGAUAAUCAGUUGUUUAUGCAAUGCAAGAAGGUUAAUUCCUAAAUUAUAUUGGAGGCUAUAUUAAUUUAUAGAGUUGGUGCCUUUCUACAUUCUACAAAUGUUUGAAAAGCCGCCAGGUGUCAUCACUCAGCCUAAUUAUUA